AUGCCCAAGCUACCUAUGCCGUUCGACAUGUCAGAUCAGACCGCCUCGCCCUCACCCGGGCAUGCCUACGUCGAUGGUCCCACCGCCGAUCUUUGGGGCCGGUACCGCGAGAUUCAGCUCGUGGGCAACAAGACAAACAGCUUGAUAGAGGAGCUCCUCUGCCGAUACGACGCUCUCAACGAGCAGUUCCGGAAAGAAAUCGAAGAUCAUGACCGCGAGCGCGAAUACAACCGCAUCGCGCAGCGAAGCCUCAAGGAUAUGGAAACCACUAUUCUCAACAUGAGGGGCAACAUGGAUCGAGACGCUUUCGUCUUAGUUCUUAUUGACGGCGAUGGGCUUAUCUUCAACGACCAACUUUUGUCUGAAGGAGGAAACGGUGGCCAGCGCGCUGCUGGCGCGUUGGAAGAAGGCGUAUACAACUAUGUACGCACCCAGUUCAAGGGAAUGCCUCCCAACGUAAAGGUGACUGCGCGCGUGUAUGCAAAUGCCAAGGGCCUAACCGACACUUGCGCCCGCGCCGGCAUUGCACCCAAAGUUGAUGUGCAAGAUUUCAUCGUCGGAUUCACAGGCGCCAAGUUUCUCAUGGACUUCGUCGACGUUGGAUCUGGAAAAGACAGGGCUGAUGAAAAGAUUGUCGAGCACCUGAAAUUGAACCUUUACAGCCCGACCUGCCGCCACAUUAUGCUCGGCUGCUCCCACGACAAUCGUUAUGCCCGCAUUUUGGGAGAAAUCUCUAAUUACGACUACCUGGUUGAUAAGAUAACGCUGCUGGAAGGCGUGCCGUUUGGCAGGGAGUUUGCAAGCCUUCCAUUCAAGAUACAAAAAUUUGAAGGCCUGUUUCGCCCCCAGAAAAUCAACACGUUCGGCGGCAUGGAUGGCCUCCCUAGUCCUUUUCCGCCGCCGGGAUUCGGCGUUCUGACAAACAAGGUGACUCCAGUCAAGGUCUCAAGUCCCAGCCCCAGUGUUGCUCCUGCUACGACCGCUGGUGCAUCUGCUGGUUGGGCGAACGUCGCUGCAAAAGCGGCUGCUCUGCCUGUUGCUGGUCCGAAGCAGAAUGCUCGCGAUCCAAACAACAUACCUCGUAACCGCAAGGGCCAGCGUAUCGAUCCUCCCACGAAAAACUAUGAUAAGGAGGAGACGAACCGCGUCAAGCGUAUCAAGAUGUGCAACGUCCAUUUUCUACGCCAUGAGUGUCCUUUCGGCAACAACUGCACUCACGUACACGACUACAAGCCCACCAAAUCUGAACUGGACACCCUCAAGCUAGUUGCUCGCAUGGCGCCUUGCAUUCAUGGUACCGGUUGUGAUGACCCAAAAUGUAUCUAUGGUCAUCGUUGCCCGUUUCCGCCAUUCAGCAACAAGAAAACAGGCAAGAACUGCAUCUUCCUAGACGACUGCAAGUUCCCCAUCGAGAUGCACAACAUGGACAUGAAUAUUGUUCAGUACACUACCAUCCGUUAA